AUGGCGAUCGCGCUCCUCGCCGUACGCAGCUUCUUCGGCUCACUGCAAUGUUUCUCGAUCAUGAUGGCCCGAACAAGUCCAGAACGAAUCGUGGCCUUGUUUGCAUACAAAAACUCGGUGCCCAAGUUGAGAAUUGAGGAUGAUUCGUGGAGCUCUCGGAUAUUCUUGGGUGAUCCGGUGGGACACUUCCGUAUCGUGUUCACGGAUGAUGAUUCGAUUCCGGUAAACAACCGGGUCCACUAUCGGUUGCUCGGUGAUCUGAUGGAGCUGUUCCGUGUCGACUGUGCAAUGUACGAGAAUGAGCACGACGAUGGACUUAAGCAGACGGUGUUUGGCUGCAAGCUUCUGUUUGCCCGAUCCGGCAUCCUUCGCCAUAGCCCGUACUGCGUUACAUUGCAAGCCGUUGAUCCAACGGUCGAACGAACCACGGAUGGCGGAAAAAGGCACGGUCGGCCAUCAUCAACAGGCGAGGAUGGGAACGUAACCAUCUGCAUCACCACCAACCUGAACCGUAUCCACGAGUACGAUCUGCCCCGACCGGAGGCACUGACGAGCAACAGCGGUGAUGCUGCUCCAGCGUAUGCCGAAGCCAGCAGUGGAUCAAGGUUCGAAACGAAGCCACAGCAAGCCCGAAGAAAGAGCAAAAAGGAUGUUACGACACCGGCCAGGAUCGCCUACCCGAAGGAAGCCAUCGUAUAUGAUACCUCGCGAAAGUACGCUCGGAUAGCGGAACCGCGAAAUUUCAAACAGCUCAUCCAGCAGGAGAGCGGAGUUUCCGAUUUGAGCUUCCGUUUGACGAGCAACCCGCUGGAUGCGUUUGGGAUCACGCGUGUGGCGGGCAUCAUUUAUCUGAAGAACGAAACGGCCUUCAACGAGAAGAGCCUCGAAAGCCGGCACGAAAUCACAGUGUCGUGGAAGAACUAUAGUGUUAACAUUUUGGUGCGAAUGCGCAAAAAUCCUGAUGCUGCCCAGUGCGCUGGGGGGACGGUACUCGUGGAAGGUGGGGUGGAAGACUUUUGUGCUAUCCAUCCGAACCGCAGCAGUUGCCUGGGGGCCUGUGGAAUCGGCAGUUUGCUCGGCCCGUGUGAGUACCGUAGCCCGGAUGGACCAGCGGCCCUCUUGCAACCCUGGAGCGAAGACUAUCCUACCUGUUCGUCCGGGUUGACGCACUGUCCGGAUGGGAUCUGUGAUCCACUGGAAGAGAUGGGCCAUCGCGAGAAGAUCCACAUCUGCCCGCAAGAUUGCGUGUUCAAGCCGGACAUUGUUGGAGUGCACGAUUCGGAUAAACCACGAGGAAUUCAUACGGCCCCCGGCCAUUGCAGCUGCCGUAGCACAGGACACUGCACCUGUACGGACAAUCUGCGCAUUCUUCCGUCGCACAAAAGGAACAAAACUAGCACCACCACUACGACCUCGAGUUCUACGACUACCACCACGACGACAACGGAAGCGACAGAGACGAUCCGAGGUUCAGGGGAGAAAGCUAGUGACGUAGAGCUUCUAACCGUGCCCAGUACGGGAGCGGAAUUGAACGAUACCGAAAAUGUGCCACCGGCGGCCGUUCGCGAUGGCAGUGUGUAUGAGCCGGGGCUCAUCAAGGGACCACACGCCUCGAUCUAUCUGCUGGCGAUCGUACUAAUACCGAUGGUACUCGCCGUGAUGAUCGUAUCGUACUGUUUCAGCCGAAAGGUACCGAUCAAGGGCAAGCUGAUCGAUAAUAGUGGCAAUUCCGGUCUUAACAGCAUCGCCAUGAAUCUCGUCAGCAAUGAUACCGAGAUAUUUAACGUCGAGUUACCGCUGACCUCGCGAAUGAAUGAGAUCAAUUUUAAGAUCGAUUAUGACUCGAAGUGGGAGUUUCCUCGCUCGAACCUAAUCCUCGAUGCGACGCUCGGUGAAGGAGAGUUCGGUAAGGUGCUGAAGGGCUUCGCGACGGAUCUACCGGAAAAGCCCGGUAUUACUACGGUGGCGGUAAAGAUGCUCAAAACGGGUGCCAACUCGGUCGAACUGUUAGCGCUACUAUCUGAGUAUCAGCUACUGCAGGAGGUGAACCAUCCGAACGUUAUUCGAUUGCUCGGUGCCUGUACCAAGGGUGACUCCCCGUUACUCAUCAUCGAGUAUUGCCAGUACGGCUCGUUGAAAAACUAUCUGCGCCUCAGUCGUAAGCUGGAGGUGCUGAACGCGGACUACGAAAACUCCGUCGAACCGAUCACGGUGAAGGACAUUCUUUCGUUCGCCUGGCAGAUCAGCAAGGGUAUGGCGUACCUAACCGACAUCAAGCUAGUCCACCGAGAUCUGGCGGCCCGGAAUGUGCUGCUGGCCGAGGGCAAGGUCUGCAAGAUAUCGGACUUUGGGUUAACGCGCGACGUGUACGAGGACGAUGCGUAUCUGAAGAAGAGCAAAGAUCGGGUACCAGUCAAGUGGAUGGCACCGGAAUCGCUAGCGGAUCACAUCUACACCACCAAGAGCGAUGUCUGGGCGUUCGGUGUGCUGUGCUGGGAACUGAUCACACUCGGUGCCUCACCCUAUCCCGGUAUUCCACCCCAGAAUCUGUACAAUCUGCUAAAGCAAGGUUACCGCAUGGAGUGUCCAAAGAAUUGCUCCGAGGAAAUAUACUCGAUCGUGCGAUCCUGCUGGGCAGAUGAUCCUAAACAGCGGCCCAGCUUUAAGCAUCUGGCUGGCCAGUUCGAGCUACUGCUGGGACGAAGUGCCAAGUAUAUCGAUAUGGAGCAGAACUCGAUCUCGAAUCCGGUGUACUGCGUGAACGUAGACGAGGUAGACUGCGCCAAGAUCGCCAUAUGCAAGGAGGAACAGGAUCGCCUCGAAAGCCUCUGGACACCGCCACAGUACGAAUCGGUACACGACAACAGUAACACCAGCGAGCUAGCCGGAAGGUACCAAACACCAACCAGUAGCGCCAUCACGCUAUCAGAGGACAAGAAGCAGCUACUGCUUCAAAGCUACGACAUCCCCCGACCACUGAUCGAAACGGCUACGAUCGAACAGAAGCUACGGUACGAAAACGAUGUUCGUCUGCGACCGAAAAUGGUGAACGGUGGAAACGGCGACGCUGGUAGCAUGAUGGAGCAGCAUCUGAACUCAUCCGCCAGUACGGGCUCACCAGCCUCGGUAUCGUCUUCCCGGGGCAGCACCAUCUGUGGCCGCACGCGGUUCGAAGAAACGUCCUUUAUCGAGCUAGCGGCAGCGAAUGCGGGUAGCAUUAGUGAGUACGAUUCACCGAGCCGCCAACCACGUCGAGUCCUGUCCUAUCUUGAUAUGAGCAAGCAGGGCCAGCAGCAGCAGCAGCUGAGCGCGAACCUCGAGAUCAGCCACAUGAUCGACAAAAAACAGUCCAAAGAUAUUGCCUUACGAUUCUCGAAUGUCGACAACGAGCUGCAAAUGGUGCUAGUCGAUCCGAGAACCGGAGAAGUGGCUGCCGCAGCCAUUGGGGAAGCUGAAGAAAACCCGGUCCUUAGCAAUGUUCCCGUGAAGCGGCCACCGGGAGCCACUACCGUACCCUCCAGCACUGCUGAUGGGGUGGAAUAUUCGGAAAUAGUAAAAAUACGAACUGGGCCAACGACGACGACGACGGGUCAUGACAAAAUUGGUCACACUCUCACCUCGCUCGUUUAAGCGCUAUAACGAUAUUCCUCUGGAAGGAAUUAGACAUCCAGAGAGAGGCUUGGAGAGAAGGAUUUUUUUACAAUUUUACAUCAGAAUAGUUGGCAAUAUGGUUGGUUGCGCACCGUUGCCUCACCCAGAGGGGGCACCGUUCACACAUAGAGAGAGCCAUAUUAAUGUAUGAAUUUCAAUAAUUCAAUCAUCAUUCCUAAUAGCAAUACCCUCCCCAUCAGCAGCUAGAUUUAUUGGUAUUUAUUUGCGACUUUUUGUUCCCCUCUAUAUUUAACUUAUUUCAUCGAUCGAUCUCUGGCCAUCGUCCAUUACAACAACGUUGCAUGAAAUGUAAAAGUCAUGAUAAUGUGGAGAAAUUAAUGGAAUGGAAUUUUGCGUAAUGAAAUCGUAGUACAAGAGAAACACUCGCAGAAACGAAUCGGUUAGAGAUAAGUAAUGAAGAGAAUGAAAUUUAAUUUAUUGCUUCAAACCGUAUACGGGGUACGGCUUCGUUUUUGUUAUUUAGCUCGCAUAGUUUAUGUAGGAUUUGAGUUCAAUUCGAAUAACACGUUUCGUUCGUUGCUGAAACGGUUUGAAGUACGGA